AUGGUGUCUCAAAACCGCAAAUAUUGUAACGUAUGCUCCAUGGACUUAUCAAAUAACUCACUGCGACACAUUCCUCAAAACACAUUCCGGAAUACGAAGAAACUGGAAAUAAUAUAUCUUUCCGAGAACUCAAUUUCAGGGAAUUUUUACCUUCCAGAAAAAGUUUCUUCCUUGACAAUCAACGACAACUCACUAUCAAUGGCUGAUAUGAAGGUCAUUCUCACAGGAUUAACACGGCUUCAGAAACUUUCCAUGAAAAGUUGCAACUUGGAAAAUAUCGACAAUGGAACUUUUCGAGCGAUGCGACACCUACAAUUCCUGUGA